CGCCAGACGUCAUUACCGGGCGCCGGGCCUGUCGGCCGGCGGGAGGAGGCGCCAUGCUGAGCCGGCUCCAGGAGCUGCGCAAGGAGGAGGAGACGCUGCUCCGGUUGAAGGCGGCCCUGCACGACCAGCUGAACCGGCUCAAGGUUGAAGAACUAGCCCUCCAAUCAAUGAUUAGUUCUAGAAGAGGGGAUGAAGUGCUCCCUUCUCAGCCCGCAUCUGAACAGCCACAUGAUCAGAUGUUGGUACAUGUAGACAAUGAAGCAUCAAUCAACCAAACUGCACUGGAGUUGAGCACAAGGAGCCAUGUGCCAGAGGAGGAGGAGGAGGAGGAGGAGGAGGAGGAAUCAGAUUCUUGAAGGCGGGAAAGAGCCAAGGCGAAAUGCACGUCUGAACGGAGACAGGCAUGGCAAAGAGGCCUGAAAGCGACAAUGGCACACCACUGGGCAGGGGACUCGCUCUUUGCUGCUUCCCAGAUACUUAGACGCCAGCCGCGUGGGUCGGUGUACUGGGCUGGUUAAGGCCGAUGGUGGAGCAGAGCCAACCUGCAAAAUCCACUUCCUCACCAUCAGAUCUCUUGAUAAAGGCAUGAACCUAUGUGCGAGGAAACAGAGAGUAAGUUAAAGGAAAGUUCAAGAGUCCCGAGUCUAGACUUGGGACCAGUCUUGCAAUCCCGGAGCCUGCCUGCCAUUGGGCGGCAGUAGGGGGCCAGGAAGGGGGCCGGCUGCCGCCCGCCCCGAGAGCCCACUCUGCCUGUUUGAUCUGCCGGGAGGCCUCAGCUGCUCACUUCCCUGGGCCUGCGCUCUUCCACUGCGAACUGGGAGUAGUCGCUCUGUCCUCCGCGCCCCACAGGGUGGCUUGAAGGAGCAAAAUAAUGAACGGGUGGACUUCGGAGUGUGUGUGAUACUGCACGGGCUCUGCAAGCUCAGAUGUUCUCCGGCAUUACUGCCCCACUCUUCCGAGAGGGGCUGCAGAGGAUACUGAACACAAGGUGAGCCCGUCAGUGGUGGAAAAGGCCCCGUCCCCACGAAGGAGUGGGCUGGCCCGCUCCUUCCCUCAGCUCGUCCUUUAUGCUCACGGGUGGACACGGGAGCCUUUUGUUUGGGAUCCUGCAGCCCCAGGGUCAAUGGGACCAUACUGGUCAAGGCAGCGGGGAAUGGGCUGUAGGAGGACUGGACGGAUGACCGACCGAGAACAAAUGAAUAAGCGGGUCAUGUACAAAUUGGAAAUACAUGGACUUACCAUGA